UUAUUCUACAAUGAGUAAAGAAAAUUUUGAAAAUGUUGAUCUUGAAAACAACAAGGCUGCCGAUGAACCACAGCCUGUCAAGGAGUCUUGAUGGAACAGAUUUACAUCAUGGUAUUGGGGGCCAAAUAUUAAGGAGUACAUUAAUCCUGAUGAGAGACCAGUAAUGAACUUUAAAGCCCUAAUGGCUUUUCGAAUUUUUCUAACUGUACUCUUACUUAUCAACCUCUUCUACAGACUAGGCUACACUGCCAAUGAUGGAGCUAGUACUUUCUUCAGAUAUCAGUUAUAUUUCACAUCUUGGAGUUUGUACAUAACCAUAUAUACAGAAAUAUGGAUAAUAUGUGUGUCCUUCAAGAACAAUAAGAAUGGGGUUGAUCUAGAGGAUAAGACUCAGGUGAACUUGUUGAAGCAUAACCAUAUCUUUAUGAUCCUAACCCUGGCCAUGGAGAGUGUAACCACUCUCAUGUACUGGAUUGCUAUCUAUGAGUAUGACAGCAAGUUCUCUGUGAGAGAAGUAUCUGGAAUGCUAGAUCACAUAUUACCUUUAAUAGUCAUCCUCUUUGAGUUCUUUAGCAACGGAUGGGUGCUAUACCAGAGACAAACAGUUGUUAUUUUUACACUUUUUACUUAUUUCCCAGUCAAUAUUUCAUAUUCAAUAUUUGGACCAAGAGAUCUUUAUGAAAUGCUGCCAUGGGAUACAGUCAUGUCCUAUGUCUUUGUUCUUGUCAUAUUUGGAAUUGCUUUUGGAGGUCAUGCAAUAUAUGCUUUGUAUUCUCAGUGAAGAUAUAACAAAGGAAAGAAAGAAAAUAAAGAUAAAAAAGUAUCCCAGGAACCAAGCUCAGAGAUGGAAAAAUCCUCUUAA